AUGGCCCUCCUUGACCCGACCUUCUUUCUCGGCGUCCUGGUCCUGCUGUACCUGUUGUCCUUCGUCCUGUUCGCCGUCGUUCGCAUAACCACCGGUCUGUCUAUCCAGCGCAUCGGAUACUUCUCGCUCCGUCGCAUAGCCUAUUCCCCGCGCGAUGGCGUUCGCAUCGAGAUCCGUGGCUUGGGGCUCAACCUACAUCGGCCAACCUUUGCCCAGCCCACCUGGCUGAGCAUCGUCGUUGAUGAGCUCUCCGUGUCGCUGGACCUGGCAGAGCUGGAAAAGGCCAGAGCGAGGGCAAUUGCAGCUGAAGAUGGGCUCGACUCCGAUUCUGACGUGCCAACUCCGGCCCCUGUGCGGCCGACGACCCCGAAGACCACGCCCAAGAUCCAGCGCGAUGCGGCUCCGGAGGAACGAAGCAAGACGUGGGAGCGCUUGACCAACAUCAAGGAGCGCCUCAAGCGCAUCCACAGGAAGGUGAAUUGGUUGCGCAUGGUGGAUCUUGUGGCCACAAACUCGACUGUCGCCCUUGCCGGUGUCGGCAGCUUGCAGAUGGGUAGCUUCACCAUCGCAAUCGACACUCGUCGCAAGACGGUAGAUCGCGCGCGCUUCUUCCUGCAGGGGCGCGCCCGCAAGUUGCGCGAGGCUCAGCAGGCCGAAUGGAUCGUGACCCUCCGAAGUGUGCUCUUCACUGCCGAUGGAAGGGAACCCCUUGAAAUCAUCGACAGCGCGACCCUGAAUAUCCACGGAUAUUUGUACGAAGCCCUCGAUGGCCUACGCGAUGCUGCCAUUGCUCUCAAGAUUGGUCGGCUGCACAUUCCCUACGAUGAUGUUCUCCACAGUCUGUCCCAGUACAGGAAGAUUCGACCGCGCCCUAGCCAGCAGUCUGUCGAGCUCGGCCCUGCCGAACAUGUGACCAUUGAUCGCAUUAUCCAGGAGGUUGACGCCCCCGGCAGCAGCACCAAUCAUGCGUUGAUGCAGACGGUGUCCGACUCCAAAGAGUUCGUCAGCUCUAUUCUUCGUGGGAUCAAGGAAGUCCAGUUUGCCAUCAGCUUCAUCGGCUUCACCAAGAAGAUCGAGAGCGUCAAGCCAGCCGGCUCUCCUGUCCUCCUUACGGCAUCAAUGAAGGAAGUUGGCAUUGACCUGCACCGUCUAGACCCAAAAUCCCCUGCUCACAGGAUGUACUUCACUUCCAACGAUAUCGCCCACGAAGCCCUAGCAGCUGCCUUGUCAAUAUCAGUCGGUUUGGACGACGGUCACGGCAAACCCGAACGCAUCAUGUACAUCCCCAUGGCCACCACGACUGCCAGGACUACCUUGCCCUCGAAGACCGUUGAGCUGGCCAACGAAGGGACGGCAGAGCAACGAAAUGCAAACAUCCUGUUUGCCAACUCCGUUGUUACCUCGCCGUCUGUCGAUCUUGACCCUCGCCAUCUUCCUCUUUUGAUGGCAAUGCUCCAGCGCAAGCCCCGGCCACCAAAGGCUCAGCAACACGAGCAAAAACAUAUGCUAAUUUCACGUCUCUUACCCAAAGCAAAUAUAAAGUUCUCGAUGCACGAGCCUGUGCUGAGGAUAACGCUCCCUCCAGUUCAGCCUUCGUCCGAUUCUGAGGACUUCGACUUGAUUAUCUCCUCUAUCUCGUCCGUGUCCCUGGACAUGGAAUCAUUCCACUCUGCCGUUGAGGAGCUUCAUUAUUCUUUGGCAGCUACCAUGCGGCUUCAAACUCAUAACCUGUACUACCAGACCUGCACGGGAACUCGUUUUGAUCUUUUGCAGACGGAGAGCUUUGACCUUAAAGUCCAGCUGAGCGCUUCUCCAAACCUCCAUGUGGUGGCCAGUGGCAACCUACAGACUUUCACCGUUAAGAUGAUCCAGGCAGAGAUCCGAAAUGGCUUGCGCCAGAUCGUCCAACAAAUGAGGCCGAACGUCGUUGAGCCUGACAAGCACCCCUUCACCCCUCCGGCUCCCAAACAAUCCAACUUCUUGCGUGGACUCCCAUCGUGGUUGCUGCACUUCCAUCUGCAGUGCUCUGAUUGCAGCUUUGAGGUAGCCGGCGUGGAUAAAGAUAUCUCCGAAGAGCAGAGAGGCGUGGCCGUACAGCUCGAGUCUUGGUCCGCCGACUACCAGGCGCAGCGAUUUGACGGCCUGCAGAGACGUCCCUCCCAUUCCCGUCGCAGGGCGAGCAGUCGUGGCAUGAUGUCGCCUGAAUCUGAUCUGUUAGCCGCCUACUCCGGCUCUUCACCAAAGAAGAAAUAUCACCACGAGGGCGACGGGCGCCGUUUGACUUUCAUGGUCAGAGGCCUGGAGGCCUUCAUGAUCGAGUCAUCCGAAAAGUGGGAGUUUGAGCCAUUCAUCAGCAUUCCCAAGCUUGAUGUCACCCUUGCGACGUUGAGCGAUAAUCAGGGCCCCUUGUUCCAUGUUUACACCUACCUUCGAAGCCUUCUCGUACAGUAUUCUUUGUAUCGUCAUUAUGCCGUCGGCGUGGCCAUUGCGACUUUGCAGAACGCCUUUUUGAGGAGGAGAAAGCCUACGGUCGACCUAAUGACACCACCUACCUCCCCUACUUCUCCUCUCUCACCUCAGCGACGUAUCAUCGGCCACCUUUCUCCCCCGUCAAGCGGCAACUAUCCCUCUCCGAGUGAUAUCGAGUCGUGGAGGGCUGUACCCGAGCUGGUCACGGUCGAUUUUAGGUCAACACUCAUCCAAAUCAAAGCGGAGAUGCCGUCGGAUCCGCCGAUGAUGUUCCAUGUCUACAACCUGGAAGCCGGCCGUCAUCGUUGGGCACCACCAUUCCUUCAAGCCAAGUUGGUCCGACUGUAUGCAGAAGCUCCGCGGAUGCGUAGAGUUUGGGCCAAAUUAGUGAGCGUGAAGAAUCUGCGGGCAGACUACCGGGAGUCACGCCAUCGCUAUGCUGGUGGAGGUGUUCGCGAAGAGCGCAUGUUCGACGUGGUCACCGAGACGAUUCGCCUGGCCGUGCCGCACGAUCUGAUCAUUUACAAGGUCACUGACAACUUCGUGAACACGUUCAAGUCUGUCCAGCAACUUCAUCACAGGUUCAAGACAGGGACCAAUGAGUAUAUCCUGGAUAAGGGGCCUGAGCCGCCCAAGAAGGUCCCGAAGGUCUCGCUGCGUGCCAAGAAUCUGCUUUUUGAGCUCGAAGACGGCGCCUUCGAAUGGAAGCUCGGCGUGAUCUACCGUACCGGUCUGGUCGAGAUGAUGCAGCGUCAGGCUCGUGAAGAAGCCUUCCGGCUCAAGGUCAAAAAGAUUCAUGAGGAGGAGGCGAAGAGAGGGUCUACCAAGUCACGCGCUCGUUCUACAGCUCCCCAUGGAGAGUCUUCCAUGCCAGGCGAUCCCCACGUCCGGAGCCGCAGCGCGGACGGCAGGCGGCGAUCGUUCAGUACAAUCUAUAUGCGUGGCCGUAUUCCCCGAUACGAUCCCGAAGCCGGUGCCCAUGGGCUCAGCGGCAAGGCACGCAUCUCGAUCGCUGAAGCGAGACAUCAGCUUGACUUGCACAAUGCUAAGAGCUGGAAGCAACGGAUAGAUCGCGCCUAUGAGAUGUCGAAAGCAGCAGCGAAGGAACACUAUGCCCAGUUCUGGGGCAUCAAUGAGAUUCCAGAUGACCUGGAAGAUAGCGAGAAGAUCCUCGAGGUGCCACAGCGACCGGCGCUCAUGUCGACGCUGAUCAACGACCUGCACAUUGUCAUCGACAAGCCGUCCUUCCCCUUGAAGGAGCUUCCCGACUUCCUGCAUAAGGUGGGGAAGGGGAUGCCCAAGGAUAUGAAGUACACGCUCCUCAUUCCUAUGAACCUCCAAGUCAACAUGGGUGAAGCGAGGAUAUCGCUUCGCGAUUAUCCUUUGCCAUUCCUCCAUGUGCCUGCCACGAAAUCCGAGCAGUCUGCCCGGCUCCCGGCUUUGGCACUAUCUACGGACUUUGUCAUCGCUGAGGAGUACCGCGGUCUGGAGUCGACACGGAAGAUUAGAGUUCCAAUCAUCCCACCACGUGAUCUCGACGGGUUGUCCCCUAACGAGGGAGGCUUCGCUAUCGAGGUGCGCCGUACCAUUGGCCCUGUCAAGACCUUCUCGGACAUGAACGUGGACAUUCACACUGCCAACCCGACUCGCAUCACCUGGGGUCCAUCGUACCAGCCCGCUAUCCAAGACAUGAUGAUGGCUAUCGAGUCCAUGACGAAGCCACAGCUAGAUCCUUCGGAGAAAGUCGGCUUCUGGGACAAAAUCCGGCUGAACUUCCAUUCGCGUAUCCGUGUGGCUUGGCGGGGCGAUGGCGAUGUUCACCUGGCAUUAAAAGGCUCACGAGACCCCUACCAGGUAACCGGCAAUGGUGCUGGGUUCUUGAUGUGCUGGCGAGGCGAUGUACGAUGGAACAUCUGGACCGAGGACGACCCGAAGCGCUUCAUGACCGUUGACAGUGGCGAGUAUGUCCUUGCUGUUCCCGACUACAGCCAGCAGGUUCGUGAAGUCCGCCGGCAACGCGGCGAGGACGAGAGCAUUGCAAGCAAUGACAGCUUCAGGUCCGGGGCGGCCUUCAAAAAGGUUGUCAUGAAGCUGUCUGGCAAGGUGCAGUGGUUGGCUGGCUUAGUAUUUGAGAGGGCAAUCGAGAACGGCACGAGGAGUUUUGAGUUCAAGCCUCAUUACGAGAUUGUGCUCAAGAACCCGGAAUACGCAAGACCACAACAGGACGGCCUGCCGUACGAUGCCUUCCGUGGCUUCCGCAGUCAGCACAUCCAUUUGUCGCUGGCUGUCCUCGCCCCUGCUGACCGAGAUUGGACGGGGUCCAACUCCGAGCCAUCGCGCAGCUACAAUACCGCCCAUCUCACGCCCCGCUUGUUCACGCACUUUUUCUCUUGGUGGUCUCUCUUCUCUGGCCCGCUCUCUUCUCUCCCGAUUCGGCAAGGUACCCUCUGGCCCGGCCGCGAAAAGAACAGCAAGAAGUUUGGGAGACAUCUCGCCACCAUCAAGUACAACGUCUGCUUGGCGCCGUUGUUCCUCAGCCAUAUCUACAAGCACAAGGAUGCCGAAGACUACUCCGAGAACUCUAUCUCGGCUACUGGUAUCAAGGUCCGGUUUGAUAGCGCGAUCCUGGAUUUGCACCAGAGACGGGAGGAGUUCAACACCAGGGACCGAGGGCGCAAGACUCAAGUUCGUACGACUGGCAUGAAGAUACACGCAGGACAGCUGGACCUCGUGUCAGCGGAUGUUCGGGCCAUUUCGGCCAGCAUCAGGGGUACCACAGCGGACGCAGUGAUGAGGCAGUCCCUCUCGACGUUCAUCACAGACCAGGAAGGAGAUGGCACUGAUCUGUCUCGCUUCACCGUUCCAGACAACGACCUGACCUGGAUCGACAUGGAUGAUUUUGUGGAGUUGGACUGGAUCCUGCCGACUGAGCCAAACCCUGAUACCAAGAUUCUCCCCCUCGCUUUCGCCCCUCGUGUUACUUACUUCCGGCAGACUGAUAUCAACGGCAUCAUCGAUGGCGAUCCGGAUCGGACCAGCCCGUUCGGCCAAGAGCCGACUCAUUUCUGUGUCAUGAGCCAUGAUGAUGAUCCUAGGAUAGUUCAGAGCCAGCUCAUCCGUCGACGCUUGGAGCAACUGGAGGAGCAAAUGGCAGCACACGACCGGACACUGGGCGAGAUCGAUCUGCGCAUUGCUCGCGGCGAGGAAGACCUCAGAGCCGAGAGCGAGCUUCUUAGCCACCACACGAGCGUCCUCAAGGACAAGAAGACCUUUCUGGAAAGCAUGCUGACAAAACUGAGGGUUGGCUCAGGCUCGUGUAACAAUGACGCCGCCUCUUGCAGCUCGGCUGGGCUGAACGGAUCGUCCUCCUCGAGCUUCCGAGGAAGUUUGGAAACUUCCGCUGUCGCUGAGUUUGCGAGCGACUUCAAGAACCGUUUCGUCGUGCACAACCUACAGCUCAAGUGGAACAACACCUUGCGGAACAUCAUCCUGCGCUACAUUCACCAGGUCGGUCAGCGGAGAGGUUUCGUCUACUACAUGUCCCGGCCAGCGGUCAAGUUCAUCUUGGAUCUCGUGGAAGAACAACAGCAGGCAAAGUCCAACGCGAUCAAGAAUGGCGGCUCCAGUGUUGCAUCUGGGACUGGUAGCACGUUGGACGGAAGUGGUUCAAACCAGGAUGCGGAGAAAGACCUUGAGGACCGUAUUCGCAGGAUCCUGCAGGACAGCCGGAAGUUUGUUGCCCCUGACGACGACGAUGUUGUUGCGAACAAUCCAGCCAUGGUUGAUUUGUCGGCCGGUAUUGCGGACGAGUUCACGACUCAAAACAGCUAUCACGUCCGCCUGAUCGCUCCUCAGAUUCAGCUCCAGAGCGACAAGAACAAGAAGCAUGUGGUCCUCUGCGCGUCCAAAGGCAUGGAGCUCAAGGUCGUCGACGUGUUGGACAAGAGUAGGAUGUUCGACGAGGUCAGCGGUCUCGUCCAGCGCCGUUUCCUAGUUAACAUGGACAGCACGCAAUUCUUCGUGACCCAUCAAAAGUGGUUCUCGACACAGCUCGUAUCCAUGUACUCUGGAAACACGUACGGUGCUCCUGUCGGCUCAGCUUGGCCACCUUGGGUCCCGAUGGAAGUCAUGUUUGACUUCGAGUCGGACCCGUUCGGCUUCAAGCGCGUGGUGCAGAAGACGUCGGCUAUGCUCCGGUACGACAAGUUCAACACCCUCCGUCUCAAGUACAACGACGAGAUCAACACCAGCGAGAACGGAGGUGUCCCCUUGUUGGACAGCGACGAGAGCAGAACGGACAAUCUGUGGGUCAUCUUUCCGAAGGCGCAUGCCAUGUGCAACUCUCAGCAGUACUAUGCCAUCUACAUCAUUGUCCUGGACCUGCUUAUGUAUAGUGAGCCGCUCGAGAAGACACGGAACGAGAGGCUGGAGAAGAUCAUGCUCGCAAGUGACUUCAGCGACCUCCGCGGCGCGCCCGAAAUGGUCAUCAAGCUCCAGGAGCGCGUCCGGCAGCUUGAAGAGAUCAAGACACACUUCCAGGUCCAUUCCAAGAAUCUGGAUAAAAAAGGCUGGAAGGACAGGCUGGUGCUUGAGCGCGAUCUCGCUGCGUGCGAGGAUGAGCUGUUCUUCCUGAUGAAGGCCAUUACGACGUCGCAGCGGAAGUAUGACAACAGGACCAGCAGUGCCAUGUUGAAAUGGAGUAUUAUGGCCAAGGAGAUUGUCUGGCGGCUGCUUCGUGAUAAUAACGAGCCCCUCGUCGAACUUCAGCUCAAGAACGUGGAGUACAACCGCGUCGACAAUUCUGACGGGUCGCACAUUAACCUGGUCCAGGUGGGCAAGAUCCUUGGCUUUAACCUGCUCGACAACGCCAUCUAUCCGGCUAUGAUCGCACCGUACACGGACGACAUGACUGCCUUUGACACAGGGUCUCAGCCCAUGAUCCGGGUCUACUGGAACAUGCUUGAAGCGAUUGCUGGCAUCCCGGUGAUGGAUCAUUUCGAGGUGAACCUCUACCCGCUUAAGGUUCAGCUGGAGCGCGAGGUUGGGAAGAAGCUCUUCGAGUACAUCUUUCCAGGCACGGAUGGCGGGAAAGUCCCAGGCAAGAAUGAGUCGCCGCUAAUUAUCAAGCACUCGCCAUCCGGCGACGAAGAAACUGAGGCCGAUGAUGACUCGCUCGCAGAGUCUGUCCACUACCUCCAGGAUCACGAUGAUGAUGCGUUCUCGACACGGGCUGGGUCCCUAGAGCUUCGUCUUCGCCCAACCCUGACAUCUGACCCAGACGAAACGUCUCUCAAGCAGCAGGCACUGAGCGUUCAUUCAGGGGAAGGUACAUCAUUCCGACUCCUGAGAGUUGGUACAGGUUUCAAGGCCGCCAUUAGCAAGAAGCGCUCAUUUGAUUCUCUUCGCAUGAGCACUUCUCAGCCUGGCGUUGGAAGGUCGGCAACCUCCACGUCCAUAAAAGAUGCUGUUUCCAUCGCCAGCGAGUCAAAGAAGGGCUCUCGCUUCAUCCUGCGUCACAGGACCACCGACCUCGAUAAGCCAAAGCAGUCGGAUGAUCUUUCUAUGAUGAUGGACCGCGCAUCGAAUUACAUGACCUUCGCCUAUAUUAAGAUGCCCUCGGUUGUUCUCUGCUUGAGUUACAAGGGCAAGGGCGAGCGGAAUUUUGAGGAUGUUCACGACUUUGUCUUCCGUCUGCCGACCAUUGAGUGGCGCAACAAAACAUGGUCCAACCUCGACUUGGCACUAGCUCUCAAGAGCCGGGUCAUCAAGGCACUGAUCAGCCACACAGGUGCCAUCAUUGGUAAUAAGUUCUCCAAGCACCGGCCCAAUACCACACAGCAGUCGAAGAUGCGCGAACUCGCCAGCAAUUCGGUGCUUCUGGCUACCCCGACCUCAUCUGAGGCGCGCGAGGCCAGUGGUGAUGACUCAUCCUCGAUCUACGGGCCCUCUCCUGUUGACUUCUCGCGUUCGCCGCCCCAGUCGAUUCGACGCUCGCAUACCACGUCCGUCCCUGUGCCGUCGUCUAGUCGCAGCUCUAGUGUAGCCUCAUCCAUGCGCUCUCAGCAAUCCAUCACUCAGUACCCUGCCCAGCAACAGCAGCAAUCACAGCAACAUACCGCCCAUGUUUCGGUCACUUCGCAAGCGACAGGGGCCAUCCCCAGUUUUUUGAUGGCGCCGUCCCUCACGGGAUCGCCCGAGUCAGGCACCAGCAGCAACAACAAUAACCGAAGCAGCGGCGGCAAUGGCAGCGGAUUCAGCUUGCUCCGACCAACAUCAAGCGGAUGGUCAAGAGCCUUUGGAGGUGGACGCCAGCAGCAUCAGCAAGAAAGCAGCGGCGAGGGACUGUUCUUCUCUUCUCGUAGCAGACCAAGCAGCAGACCGGGCAGCAGCAGUGGAGUCCCUGUUCUCUCGUCUUCACCGAGGCAAAUCGGCUACCUGAGCGAUGAUGAGGGCUUUGGGGGAAAUCGAUCAGCAGACAGAAUGCAAAGGCCUAGGGGUAAAACCAUCCUCCCCAGCCCUGGGCUACUACUCGACCCCUCCAUCACCAGGCAGCCCGCUGUUUCGAAGACCUACAACUUUACCUUCACUUCUUCGCCUUUAAUCUCUUUUGCGGCAGAUCAUUUCGCUGCUGUCAACACCAAAAUAAUGGAGCUUCCAAUCACCGAUAAGUUGGUUGAUCGCCAGCGUGAUGCCCUCUAUAACUAUGAUCCGAAUUCCCAGAAAGAUAUCAACGUGAAGCGGCCAUGGGACCAGGAUCCCACAUACUUCAAGACAGUGCGCGUUAGCUCCGUGGCGCUCACCAAGAUGGUGAUGCAUGCCAGGGAAGGGGGUUCAAUAGAGGUGAUGGGCAUGAUGCAGGGCUAUGUAGACGGCACGACGAUCGUGGUGACCGAUGCAUUCCGACUGCCAGUCGAAGGAACAGAGACGCGCGUUAAUGCCCAGGGCGAGGCCGAUGAAUACCUUGUUAAUUACCUGGACCUGUGCCGCAAGGAGAGUCGCCUUGAGAAUAUCGUUGGUUGGUACCACUCCCAUCCAGGUUACGGCUGCUGGCUCUCAGGCAUCGACGUCGAGACCCAAAAGCUGCAGCAGCUCCAGGGCCCCAUGGUCGCCGUCGUCAUCGACCCAAAUCGCACUGUCAGCGCCAACAAAGUCGAGAUCGGUGCCUUCCGCACAUACCCGGACUGGUACACUCCUCCCGACCAGUCGGGCAGCACUACUGGUGGCUCCGGGCCGGCCGGUGCCAGCACGACUGUCCCGCUCAGCAAAACCAUGGAUUACGGCGCUCAUGCAAACAAGUACUAUCGCCUCGAGGUCGAGCACUUCAAGAGCACGCUCGACACACGCCUGCUGGACUUGUUGUGGAACAAGUACUGGGUGCAGACGCUGGCGCAGAACCCGCUACUCUCAAACCGUGACUACUCCAGCAGCAACAUGGACGAUGUUGGGCAGCGCUUACAGGAGAUCGCGGUCAACGUGUCGCGCAUGGGCAAGGGCAUGCUACAUUACCACUACUUGGGCAGCAGCUCAUCAUUGGGCGGGGUUAACACGAAUGGUCCGAAGGCGGUUGAUCAGUCGAUUGAGAAAGCGGUACAAGAUGUUGGACAGAUUGCGGCUAAGGAGCGUGCCGGACUCUUGGCCGCUGAAGUGAAGGUGCAGAUAUUUGGCCAGGGUGAGGUGUGA